AUGGUGUCUCCUGUCUCCUUUCUGAAAUCAACGAAGCGCUGCCUUCUCUGCAUGCGUGGAAGCCAAGGAGCGCGCCUGUUAUUCUUCCUUGUCGUCUCGGUCUCGCUUGUUCUCGCUUUUCUCCCGACAGUCUUCGUUGGUGUCGCGGCGCUGACACAAACGCGCUUUUCUUCCGUCGCCUUUUCUGUCUCGCCACAGCCUUCUUUUCAAGAUCUCCUCUCGUCUCCGCCUCAUUGUCUCUCCUUCUCUUCUCCCGCGGUCGUUUCUUCUCCGUCGUCGCUGUCUCGUCAGAGGGAGGCCGAGCACUUUGUUGCCCGCCUUCCUCGGGCGUCCCUCUUGCGCGGAACUCCGUUCGCUUUCCUUUCUUCGCUUUCGUCGUUCUCUUCUUUUCGUGGUUCUCGCCUCCAGUCUCCUAAGCCAUGUUCCGCUCGCAAGUCCUCUCCUCGGUCAGCUCUCACACCUAGCUCCGUUUCUCCCUCGUCUUCAGCUUCUCGCUGUUCGUCGCUCUCAGCGCGUCAUGCCGCGCCUCGCAAGUCUUCGCUGGCUGCGCUCGUGAGUGAGGAGGCUCUCGCGCCAGAGGGGAAGCAACGAAAAACCGGUGCCUCCUUCCCGGGCACUCCCUCGGUCGCUGCCUUCCAUAUUUUGAUCGCUCCCGUCGCUCUCUCUGCCUCCGACCGCGCCGAAACGCGUAAAACGCCAAAAGGAAAACCACAAAGACGAGAAGGAGAACAAGGAGAAGGAGAACAAGGAGAAGGAGAACGAGCAGAAAAAGAACAAGGAGAAGGAGAACAGAGAGAAGGAGAACAAAGAGAAGGAGAACAAAGAGAAAGAGAACAAAGAGAAAGAGAACAAGAUUUGAGUGCUGCUCAUCGUGUGAGAGAAGGUUUGCAGGCGCUUUUGUGGGAAUCGAAGAUCCAGGGAGAAUUGACUUUUGAUGUGUUUCCGAGUGAAGAAGCGGCAGAGGCUUUUCUCGCGACUCUUCCUUCUUUUGUUUGCUCCUCCAGGGAAGAAGAAACUGGAGGCGAGGCUGCGGAAUCCUCUCACGCAGAAGCUUUCUUGAGGAGAAGAUCCCAACAGGAAGAAGAGGAUCAUAUGCGGCUUUCAGAUCGCCUCUGCAGUUUCAGGCGUCAGAGACCGGCAAACUCGCUCCCCGCCGCAACCGUUUCGCCGUCGCCUUCUCUCUCUCCUCCUUCUGUUCCGGCCUCGCGCGCUUCCGCGCCCUCCGAUGAGGUGCAGCGUUGGCUGCUGCCUUCUCCGGUUCGGGUGUACAUCCACUCGAGCUCGCGGGGUCUGGCGGCGACGCGUGUGAUGUCUGACUUUUCAGAACUGUCUGUCCUGGCGGAUUUCGUAGCGCCGCGCAUGUCACGAAGAGAGGCUUACGGCGUCGCCUUGAAGAUGCUCGAGCGCGGCCUGCGAGAGGCGUCGGCAGGCAGUGCAGACACUGCGAAUGUACUGCUGGAGAACUCGCGGCGGACGCUGCCGCUGCGCAGCGGCGUUCUCAUCUCCGACAUUUUCAGGAAACAAGCUGAAAUUCUUCUUCGAUGUCGCAAGGGUCACGAAGCAGUCAACGCCGCCAUCCAUGCCGUCGAGGCUGCUCCGGAGUACGCGGAGGCAUGGGGAGCCCUCGGCGACGCGUACCGGUCUUUGCAUCGUUUCUGGGAGGCCCGAAGCGUCUAUGAAAUUGCUUCUUUUCUCUCACCCUUGGGAAGCAAGAAGUUUUCUCUCCUCCUUCGCGCUCUCAACCGAGUUGUUGCAGGCGCAGAGUCGGAUCCAGAAGUCCUGCAAGCGAACCUUCCAACGGCAGAGUCGGCGACGCUGAAGAUGCCCACCGGCUUGGCCGUCGGCGCGAACGACCCUGCGCUGGGCGGCUGCUUCGUCGCCUACGUCGCCGAAGACAGCAGAGCUGAGAAGGCUGGAAUAAGACCGGGCAUGCAGAUCGUAGCUGUGGGGAACAAAGUAUUGCUGGGAAAGCCGCUGGAGGCCUGCCUGGAGGCGCUGACGUUUCCGACGCGUCCUUCCCGGGCGGCGCCGGUUCCUUCGCUGCAGUUUCUUUUCUUUCGGGGAUGCGUCACAGAUUUGUUUGGAGCGGACGCCUUCGAACUCUUGAGGAAGUCGGGGAGACUGGCUGAGAUCUUUGCAGGAGUGGCGGACAGCGAGGAUCUGCUUCGGAAGAAGAUGCAGCCGGACUCAGCGGAAGCGAACUUCGCGUUCGCCGAACCUCACCUCGGAGCGCUGCGCGUCGACCGCGCGUACGGACGCAACGCAGACUUCGACGACUUCUUGAGAAGAAAGCAUCUGAUGUAGUGAGAGCGAAGAGGUGGAGCAGGCGACGGAAGAAAUCGAGAACGCGAACGAGUGAGUGAGAGAGACGGAAAGGCGAGGCAGAGUCGACGAGAGGCGACAGAGGGAGGAAGGCAAGAGGAAGAGAGAGAGCGGGAGAAAGAGGAAGAAGGAAGGAAGAUGUCGACCGGGGAAAA